UCUGUGUUCACCCAAGAUUCAGACCCUGCAGUCUCAGCACUACAACUCAAUUCCAUCUGCUGUAUAUGGGAUCAGACUUCACACAGCACUGGGAAUCCUUUUUCUUUACGGGAUCAUUUGGAAUUUCACUAGUCUACUGACAGUUAAAUCUUUACCUACGGCGCGACAUCCAUCUGUGCCUGGAAUGCACGACUUGAGAAAGCACUUUUGAGCCUCGGACUAUAACAACUCUAAAAAAACAUUCGGAUAGCAAACAAUCACUGUCUAAGGAGACGUGAGUCUUCUUUAAAAUCAAAAGUGCCGUUUACAAGCUUUAUUUGUAUGGGAGUGAUAGACCUCGUCUGUUGUAAAAGCAGUGAAACAGUUUGUACAGUAUCAGUCGGAAAGUGAUCUUGAAGUUUCUCUAAAUCGUGCCAAGUUUUUAUAAAGUUGACAGGUGCUCUGCACUAACAUCUCGCCCGGCUUCGUAUGCGCGCCUGACUUGAACACCCAUCAUUCCAGGAGUAUUGUCUUUGGUCUCUGGGUGCUAGCGCGAGUCAGGGAUACUUUUAUCACUUUUUAAUGUAGACGCAGAGCCUUUUGGUUGGGAUUAUGUGGAUACUACCCUGCGAUUAUCUACUACCAAUGUUGCCAAACCAGGAUCGGUGCUUUCUUCCAUCCGAAAUUUGUGCAUGUUGAAAUUAACAGCGAAGCGACAGACCUGAAGUACAUUAUACGUUCUGUUUACAACAAAUCCAAAUGAUCCUGUCAUUCUUAUUCCUCCUUAUAUCGUCAAUCCAACAACAUGGAUCGGAAGCUGAAUCCAGCCUCAGCAACAAGUUUCAGCAUACCAGUAUGAAAGAUCAAAACGGAGUACAAAAUUCUCAGCAUGAGAAAGUCAUUACAGUUACAGGAGAUGGAGUUGUGCACAGUCCGGAAUUUCCCCAUACCUAUCCUCGGAAUAAAGUGCUAGUCUGGAGACUAGUUGCAGCAGAUGAAAACAUGCAGAUACAGCUAACAUUUGAUGAAAGAUUUGGGCUCGAGGACCCAGAAGAUGGCAUAUGCAAGUAUGACUUUGUAGAAAUUGAAGAGCCUUCAGAAGGCAAUAUUCUGGGUCGGUGGUGUGGAUCCCAAUCUGCCCCAGGAAAGCAGGUAUCCAAAGGGAACCAGAUUAGGAUACGCUUUAAAUCUGAUGAAUACUUUCCUUCAGAGCCAGGAUUCUGCAUUCGGUACUCCCUUCUUCCCAGGGACCCCACCACAUGCAACAUCACAAAGAAAGAUGGAAUGAAGUGUGUUUUGCUGCUCUGUCAUACAGAGUCCAUCCUUCCUUUCAGUUUCCAUCUUUUGGUCUUAUUCCAAGAAUGGAACCUGAGCAUGUGGAGGCCCAUAAAACACAGCACAAAGAGCCUACCUGUACCAGAAUCCCCUGCAGUGCUGCCACCCUCUCUGCAGACUAUGGACAUGUUAAUUGAAGCAGUUUCUGGGUUAAGUACAGUGGAGGAGGUUAUGAAAUACUUGGAUCCUGAAAGAUGGCAGCUGGAUUUGGACGACUUGUAUAAGCCAACAUGGCACAUACUUGGCAAGUCAUUCAUCCAUCCCAGGAAAUCCAGAGUGGUGGAUCUUAACCUAUUGAGGGAAGAAGUGAGACUGUACAGCUGCACCCCACGCAACUUUUCUGUGUCUCUCCGUGAGGAACUGAAGCGAACUGACACCAUCUUCUGGCCAAACUGUCUUCUGGUCAAGCGAUGUGGUGGGAACUGUGCCUGCUGUGCCCAGAACUGCUUUGAAUGUCAGUGUGUUCCCACCAAGGUCAUCAAGAAAUACCAUGAGGUUCUCCAACUAAGACAUAGAAGUGGGGGAAGAGGAUGGCAAAAAUCAAUGACAGACGUACUCUUGGAACAUCAUGAAGAAUGUGACUGCAUGUGCAAAAGUGAUUCAGAUGGAUAAAAGAGAGCACCAGUGUACUUGCCUCAAAGCCCAAGAAUAUCUUUAAAGAGAUCAGAAAGGAAUGCCAGGAUUCGCUAUGUCUCAAGGUCAGCAUCAUGGAUAACUACAGAAUGGGGUGUUGUAAUUCCAGUGAUCUGGUGUACAUCAUAAUUGGAUUUUGAACUUCUGGUUGAGUCUUGAUGCUGUGAAGAGCCUGGGCAUUGUGUAAGAUCCAUUUAAAUAAAAAGACUACAUAAACUGGAAAGAAGGAGUUGCUCCUUGUUUGCCAUAUUGUGUCAAUGAAAGCCUUUCAGUAGUUUUCAAUCACUGGAUAAUCUGGUGAAAACAACUCUAUGAAGAGCUCAGCUGCAUUGGUGUUAUGUUGGCAACACCGGUCGCAGACUGCUUGCAUACAUUUCUUCUGAAGAAAGUUCAAGUUCUGAACACAUAGUGUCUUAAUGUUCUGGAAAACAUCCCUUUUCAGUCAAAUAUGUCUAUGUAUUUUAUAGAACCCAUCAAUGUCCUGCUUUGUGGUACAUUAUUAUACAGUACUUAAACAGAGCAUUAAUCUUGUAUUAUAAUUGUUCUGAACUCAUCAGUUUUCUUUUACAGAUUUGAAUAAAUCUUUUAAGCAAACUAUUAUGUUCAUUCACUAUGUUCCUGAACUGUUCCUAUUAAUUUUGUUUUGAAAUGAUAUAUUAAUGCCUUUCUUUUAGGAAAUUGAUUUUCUUUUUUACAACCCUCUUAAAUACCGUGAUGUAUAUUUUGCCAAAGGAAUUUAAUGUUGAUCUGUCUUGCCAACUUUCUGUUGUCUACUGUUUAUUGUUAUUUGUACUUGAUCUGUGUAAUAAAAGUGAAAGGUACAAAACUGAUAUUCAUAUCUUAGGCAAAGGCAAGGACUACAUCACAAAAGAACAUAGAUCUAGGAUCAUAUGUACAUUAAAUCUUUCUAAAAAGAAUGCGAAAUGUGUUAGCUAUCAUGCAUACUACUGUAUGAACUGAACAUGUGGAUCAACGUCAGCUGGCUGCACGUUUCACAAACUUUUAUAAGGUUUUUUUAGGGAAUGCUGUCAUGAGAUGCUGCGUCCAUCUCACCUUCAGAAGAAACAAGGUUGAAAAUCGUAAAACAGUUAAAAGGAUUAUCUUGAAUAACAAAAUAUUCACCUUGAACUAUCAUUGUUUUUCUUGUUUAAAAAUCAACACUGUUUUGCUUUUAAUAUUGUGCAUUAUUUUGUUUAGAUAAGGUUAUCUAUAUUUAGAUUAAUUCAAACUGUAAGAAAAACAAUAAAAAUAAGAUCUCAAACAUUCUGUUUUUUAUACUGGAUGUGUGAUGGAUAUAUACAAGAGACAGAGUGAUAAACUGUACGUUAUAUGUCUGAGUUGCAUUUAGAACUGUAUUGUUUUUUACUUUCAUAGAUUAUGUUAGCCAUUUAGCAAUGUUCUGUUCCCCACAGUAAGAGUGGAUACUUAACAAGAAUAUUUCCUACACUGACUGUUUAAAUUUAUAUUACAAGAAAUUGUCUAUUAUUCAAUAAAGCCUGUUUAUGGACAAUUAAAAUGUCUUAACAGGUAAAACAAACCAACAGUUAAUAGAUGUAAUACAUACAUAAUUGGAGAGAGCUUUUAUGCAUAGUUAAACAGUGACUCGUAAUUCAAGUCUCAAAUAUUUUACAUACUGUAUACAUCUUAACUUAUAAAUAUAAUAUGUGCUUCUACACUGCUUAACAUAAAUAGGAAAUAAACAAUUCCAAUCUCGUAAGAGAUCUUACACGAUUUACAGUAUACACUAUAUGUGAUAAGUAAUUUUCAGUUUGCCAGGCAAAUAGGUACAUUACAUUUAAAAAAAGCUGUAUAAGACAUAAUGAUAUCCUCCACGCACUAUGAGUAUUCAUAAAAAAAACAAAAGAAAUAAUGUCAUAGAUACAUUUUCUGUGAUUAUGCACUAAAGAUUUAUUCUGUUGAAACGUCUUGUUGAGAAACUUAAUAAAGUGCUUUUGUUUUCUA